CUGCUUUGACGGACCAACAGAAGACCCAGUAAAAGUUUAAGGAAGUUUUAGAACUAAACUUGUGGGGAGUCGUGGUGGAAAUGCAGCUGUUUUAAAUGUGGGUAUUUCUACUGUGGCUACGGCCUGCGAUCCAACAUUAGGUCGUCAGCCAACCUCAGUAUGACUUCCUUACCUGCCUGGUAAGGAUAACCCCAUAGAGCUGAUGAUGACACAGUGUCCCCUCGUCUUCCCUUUAGGGUCGAUCACUGUGGAGAGUCCAGAAUGCUGCCUGGGCCUAGAAAGUAUGCCUGUGAACUCACACUGGACCCAAACACAGCGUACAAGAACUUCCUCCUGUCUCAGGAUCGCAAGACGGCAACUGUGGUUAGCGAGCAGCAGCCGUAUCCGGAUCACCCAGACAGGUUUCAGUUCAGGCGCCAGGUUCUGUGUACAAACGGCCUGACUGGGCGGUGCUACUGGGAGGUGGAGUGGAAGGGACCGGUUUCAGUGGGAGUAGCGUACAGAGGAAUCGAGAAGAAAGGCAAAGCGGACGACUCCCUGCUUGGGUGGAACAAGAAGUCGUGGGGGUUGGACUACAGGAACGUUGCUUGGUACAACGGAAAGGGCACCGUCUCAUCGGUACCGUCCUCUCGCAGUCCCUGCAGGGUGGCGGUGUAUCUGGACUGGCCCGCUGGCACUCUGUCCUUCUACAGGGUCUUCUCAGACACUCGGACCCACAUCCACACCUUCCACUGCACCUUCACCGAGCCGCUCUACCCGGUGCUGGAGGUUAUUGGUACCGGCUCUUUUGCAUCACUGUGCACUCAGGCUGCCACAAACGACAACUUUGACAGUCAGCUGGUCACCGACUAUUUUUGUGAUUAGUCUGAUUUUUCUUUGCUUCAUUUGUCUGUGACAUGAAACGUAGCUGCAAAAUCAAAUGAGGUAGGAACUGAAACUAGACUUUAUCCACAAAAAAUAAGUUCUGGUCUCACUCAGAUAUAACAAAAGUGCAUUUUGUGCUCAGUGCUCAUGACUGAGUUCCAUCAUUGUGGUGAAGUGGGAUCUGCUUGGUGGGUUGUUAUCACGGUCAUCUGGGUUGAACUGCUCGAUCGUCUCUCUGAAACCUCGAUCACAACCAUGAACAGGGUCUCAUGUCCGUCACCAACAUGUUCUAGAUUUCCUCAGUCAAGAGAUUUUCCUGUUGUUGGCUUCAUAACAAAGUCGUCCAAUGAAGAGGAACGUAUUUUUUUAGUUCUGUGACAGAGCGUCAGAAAACAUUAGCGUUUCCACAUCCGUCCAUCAUCUCUACACCUUCAUCCUCACUACGGUCAUGGGGGGCGGAGCCUAUCCC